AUGCCACGUCUACUCAUUAUUUCACUUGAUGGAUUUCGUCAUGAUUAUUUAAAUGAGCAUAAUUUACCUACAUUGAAUCGAUUUCGCAAUGAAGGUGUACAAGCAACACAUGGAAUGCGACCUACAUUUACUACAAUGACAUUUCCUAAUCAUAUUUCAAUUGCUACAGGAAUGUAUCAAGAAGAUCAUGGAGUCAUACAUAAUUCAUUCUAUGAUAGAUUAUUAAAUAAAACUAUUGGAAUGAGUAGUCGUGAUGAUGGACAAUGGUCUGAUCCAAAAGUAGAACCUUUAUGGAUUACUGCGACUAAACAGAAAGUAAAAUCGGCUGUUCUUUUUUGGCCAGCAUGUCAUAAUGAAUUCUUUGGUAUUCGUCCAGUGAUCUAUAGUUGGUUAUAUACUGAUAAUAUACCAUUUCGUGAAAAAAUCGACAAUGCCAUAGGUUACUUUCGUGAAUUAUCAGUUCAACUCGUUAUGUUAUAUCAUUUUGAACCAGAUAAACAAGGUCAUACAUAUGGUCCACAUUCAUCAGAAGUACGCGAUGUAUUAUUUCGUCUCGAUAGUGAUAUAGAAUAUUUAUUGAAUAAAGUAAAAAAUGAACUCAAUGAUGAUUUAAAUAUUAUUAUACUCUCCGAUCACGGUAUGACGAAUGUGACAAAAGUAAUACGACCAUUUUUUGAAAAAUAUAUCAAUCGAUCAUCAGUUGAAUCAACUAUUCUUUCUGGUGCCUUAUUCAAUGUCAUGCCAAGAAAUGGACUAACCGAACAAGUGCGCAAUAAUCUUAGCAAUAUUCCUAAUGUAACAGCAUAUAAACUUGAUGAAAUGCCUAAACGUUUUCAUUAUUCAAAACCAAAACAUCGACUUGGAGAAAUUAUUGCAUUACCGGAUGUGGAAGGUCACAUUAUAUCUGCAGCAACAACUAAUGCAUCUUAUGACAAUAAAGGCAAUCAUGGAUGGGAUAAUGCACUACCAUCAAUGCAAGCCAUAUUCAUAGCUCGUGGCCCUUCGUUUAAUGAAAAUGUUCAAAUUAAUUCACUUAAUAAUGUUGAUAUUUAUCAUAUUGCUUGUUACAUUCUUAAACUCAAUCCAAAUCCGUAUGCUACUGCUGGAUCCCUUGUCAAUCUUACUCAUAUUUUUCGAUCAGUUGAAAAUGUUACAACAUCAAAUACUUUCAUACCUAGUAGUUCAACAACAGAAAGAUUCACAACAUCAAUGAACAAUGCUUGUUUGUUAUGUUCCAUCCGUUUGUUUCCUGUUCUACUUAUGCUAUUUUUAUUAUCUUUUACUUUCUGA